AUGUAUUAUUAGACACCUACUCCUAUGAUGCCAUUAGCUCAUGCUAUGAAUAACCCUCUUUAAGUACAAUAAGCUGUUAAUAUUCGCAAACCUGAUUUCCCCCCAGAUGUAAUAAUAUGUGUUUUUAUUCUUAGAUGCAACCAAUCUUUGUCAUACCUUAAAUUGCUCAUAUCAAAUCUUAAUUAAAACCAAAAUGUAGACCAUAUGAUCCUAUUUUGGGUAUUGGAAGAAAAGCAGAAUGGAUGUUGGAUAAAUUUGAAGAUGAAUAUGAGUAGAUGCAAAGAGAAGAAAGAGAAAAAGGUAUAUAUAUAUAUAAUUAUAAUUAUGUAGAUAUUGUUAAACCAUCAAGAUUACCAUUAAAGAUUCUGAAAAAAUACGAGAAGAGAAGAUAACAUAGUGAAGAAGUGAAGAAAAGAUUGUAAACAUGGAAUCCAUUUGAAGAUCCAAAUAUUACAUCUGAUCCUUAUAAAACAUUAUUUGUUGGACGAUUAAAUUUUGCAACAACAGAUAAAAAAUUACGCAAAGAAUUCGAAGAAUAUGGCCCUAUUAAAUCUGUAAGAAUAGUGCGAAAUUCUACUCAAGAUAAAACAAGAGGCUAUGCAUUCAUUGGUAAGGGGGUGAUCAUAAAUUAAAAGAGUAUGAGAGCAAGAACAGUGUUAAAUCAGCUUAUAAAUAUGCAGUUGAUAAGCGUAUUGAUGGUCGUAAAGUGAUUGUAGAUAUAGAAAGAGGUAGAACAAUACUUAAAUGGAGACCUCGUUAUCUUGGUGGGGGAUUGGGAGAAUUGAGAAGAUCAAGAAGUGAAGAAUUAUAAAAGAAGACUAAAGAUGAUUAAGUAGAAAAGGAGGAAGAAGAUAAAAGACGUAAAACUAAAAAAGGUAAUUAAUAUUAGAUAUAUAUAUAUAUAGAAGAUGGGAAAUCAUCUAAAAAACCUAGAUCUCGAUCUAAGAGUGCCAAAAAACAUAAGAAGAGAGAUGAGAGUGAAUUUAAGAAGAAUAAAAAGAGAGAAAAAUCAAAAAAGAGACAUAAAUGAGU